UUCUUUAACAGUAACAAAUUGUUGGUGGUGUCUGGGAUGGCAAGUGACAUCAUAGAGAAGGUUGCUUCUAAUUCUGAUGUAAAGUCCGGAAAUAUGGUUUUUCAGCCUAUACUGGAGGAUGGUGUCCUAAGAUUUGAUUGUUCAGAAGAUGCUAGAAAUUCAGCAUUUACAAGUCUUAGUUUUGUGGAUUCUAAUAAAAGGGACACACCAAUUAUGGGUAGUAGUCACAAUGUCCCUUCAUUUACUCCUAGUUUUGAAUCUGUCCUGGGACAGCAAGUUGUUCAGCUUAAGCUCCCUGAUGGUACCUCAUUCUAUGGGACUGGAGAGGUCAGCGGGCAGCUUGAGCGAACUGGGAAGAGAAUUUUUACAUGGAACACGGAUGCAUGGGGUUAUGGUUCCGAAACAACACCCUUGUACCAAUCACAUCCUUGGGUGCUUGCAGUGCUUCCUAGUGGACAAGCACUAGGAGUUCUCGCUGACACCACCAACCGCUGUGAGGUGGAUUUGAGGAAUGAAUCUGCUAUCAAAUUUAUAGCUCCACCAUCCUAUCCUGUUAUUACAUUUGGACCAUUUGAUUCACCAACUGCCGUCCUGGUAUCUUUGUCGCAUGCAAUUGGAACUGUAUCCAUGCCCCCAAAGUGGUCAUUAGGUUAUCAUCAAUGUCGCUAUAGCUAUAUGUCUGAUGGACGAGUUCUUGAGGUUGCCAGGACGUUUCGGCAGAAGGAUAUACCAUGUGACGUCAUAUGGAUGGAUAUAGAUUACAUGGAUGGUUUCCGUUGUUUCACUUUUGACAAGGAACGUUUCGCUGAUCCAAUUUCCUUGGCAAAAGAUCUUCAUGAUACGGGAUUCAAAGCAAUCUGGAUGCUUGAUCCUGGUAUUAAACAUGAAGAAGGUUAUUUUGUUUAUGAUAGUGGCACUAAAGAGGACCUCUGGAUUCAAACUGCAUUAGGAGAGCCUUUUGUUGGGGAUGUAUGGCCUGGCCCUUGUGUUUUUCCAGACUUUACACAGUCAAAAACUCGUUUAUGGUGGUCUGGUCUUGUUAAAGAAUUUGUCUCUAAUGGUGUUGAUGGAAUAUGGAAUGACAUGAACGAGCCAGCAGUUUUCAAUACUUUAACAAAGACGAUGCCUGAGAGUAAUAUUCAUAAGGGAGAUACUGAACUUGGCGGCUGUCAAAACCAUUCUCACUAUCACAAUGUUUAUGGCACACUAAUGGCAAGAUCAACCUAUGAAGGAAUGAAGCUGGCCAAUGAAAAUAAGCGACCUUUCGUUCUUACCAGAGCAGGGUUUUUGGGAAGCCAAAGGUAUGCUGCAACUUGGACUGGAGACAACCUUUCAACGUGGGAGCACCUACAUAUGAGUCUCUCAAUGACACUUCAGCUGGGGCUAAGUGGUCAGCCUCUUUCAGGACCAGAUAUAGGAGGUUUUGUUGGCAAUGCAACACCUAAACUAUUUGGAAGGUGGAUGGGCAUAGGAGCCAUGUUUCCAUUUUGUCGCGGACACUCAGAAGCUGGCACGAUUGACCAUGAACCUUGGUCAUUUGGGAAAGAGUGUGAGGAAGUAUGUCGUCUGGCGUUAAAGCGACGCUAUCGCCUUUUACCUCACAUAUACUCUCUUUUCUAUAUUGCACAUACAAGGGGUGUUCCUGUGUCAACUCCUACUUUCUUUGCUGAUCCAAAAGAUCCAAAAUUAAGGAAAAUAGAGACAUCCUUUCUACUUGGGACACUUCUAAUAAGUACAAGCACAAGGAGAGAUCUUGGGAUAGGUCAAGUGCAGCAUGUGAUGCCCAAAGGAAUCUGGCUGGAGUUUGAUUUUGAUGAUUCGCAUCCGGAUUUACCUGCACUGUAUUUACAAGGUGGAUGUAUAAUUCCUUUGAGCCCUCCCCAUCAGCAUGUUGGGGAAGCUAAUCCAACUGAUGAUUUGACACUGCUUGUGGCUUUAGAUGAAGAUGGUAAAGCAACAGGGGUGAUUUUUGAAGAUGAGGGGGAUGGAUAUGAAUUCAAAUCGGGUGGAUAUCUUUUGACAACAUAUGUUGCAGAACGUGUAUCUUCAGUUGUUACUGUGCGAAUCUCUGACUCGGAAGGUUUACUUAAGAGGCCAAAGCGCCGUUUACACGUGCAAUUGUUACUCGGAAAAUGUGCAAAACUUGAUGCUUGGGGCACUGAUGGAGAGGUACUUGAAAUAAGGAUGCCUUCAGAAAAUGAAGUAUCCAGUUUAAUAUCUGCAAGUGAGUCACAGUACAGGUCUCGCCUAGAAAAUACAAGGUGUAUUCCAGAUGUUGAGGAAAAUCCAGGGAAUAAAGGAGUAGAGCUGUCUAAGAUCCCGGUUGAGCUGAAAAACAAUGUUUGGUCUCUUAAGGUUGUUCCUUGGAUUGGCGGUAGAAUUAUUUCCAUGUCGCAUAUUCCUUCAGGUACUCAAUGGCUCCAUAGUAGUAUUGAAGUUGAUGGAUAUGAAGAGUAUAGUUGUGUUGAGUACCAGUCUGCUGGAUGUUUCGAGGAAUACAAUGUUAUCGAACAAAAACUUGAUCAAGCGGGAGAGGAAAAGAUUCUUAAGUUGGAAGGUGAUAUUGGCGGUGGAUUGAUCAUCGAAAGGGAGAUUUCUUUCCCAAAAGAUAAAGCGCAAGUUUUCAGAAUUGACUCGGCCAUUCUAGCACGUAACAUGGGUGCCGGUUCAGGUGGAUUUUCCAGGCUUGUUUGCUUGAGGGUGCAUCCUUCGUUUUCACUUUUACACCCUACAGAAACUUAUGUAUCGUUUACAUCACUGAAUGGGUUGAAAAAAGAAGUUUGGCCAGAAUCUGGCGAGCAAUCCUUUGAAGGCGAUUUUCGUCCCAAUGGUGAAUGGAUGCUGGUUGAUAGAUGUCUGGGCUUGGCUUUAGUGAACUUCUUCGAUGUAAAAGAGGUCUUUAAAUGUCUGAUUCAUUGGGGAACUGGGACUGUUAACUUAGAGCUUUGGUCUGAAAACAGGCCUGUUUCUGCACAAUCUCCUCUUUCGAUUUCACACGAAUACGAGGUCAGACAAGUUGCAAAGUAAGUAAUCCUUUAAUGUAUGUAUGAAACAUGAUAUUAUUCAGGUUACAAAUAAUCUUAUUUAAGAUUGAUCAAUCAAUCGCCUGGAAAUAUUGACAUAA